GAGGAGGAAAAAGGGCCGACUGGGAACUUCAGAGUUUUGCUUCGUCUCUAUCGCAGCCGAAUCAGAGAAGAGAUUCACAACACACUUAAUUUUGUUGCCCGAUUUCAAAGCUGUUUCUGGCAGAGAAAAGUCGAUUCGAUCUAUCUCAGUCACUUUACUGAUGGCCACAAUUGAGGUUUGUGCAGGGUGGGCAAUUAAUUGAGCUUUGCUUUGAUUUGAAGAAAUAGAGGCUUCCCAAGCAAGAGAGUUAGAAAAAAAAAAUAAAAUUAUAGCUGAAACUUUCACCUGAUGGCGAGGAUCAAACCUCAAACAUUGCUACUUCAGAGCAAAAGGAAGAAAGGCCCUACUCGCAUCAGUGUCACUACUAUUAUUACUUGCAACUUAAUUGUUGUGUUGAUUAUGUUGUGCUUAGUUGCUACCUAUAGACAUUGGUCUCAAAGGUCCAGGAACCAACAAGAAGAGUAUGGCUUACCAAAUCUCCAGGAUGUGGAUCCAAAGAAAAUUGAUCUUCCUGGUUAUGCUAUUCUAAACACCUCGAAAGGUUCGAUUACAGUGGAGCUUUAUAAGGAUGGUUCUCCUGAGAUUGUGGAUAAAUUCAUUGAUUUGUGUCAAAAGGGGCACUUCAAGGCAAUGCCUUUCCAUCAUGUAAUAAAGAACUAUGUGAUUCAAGGGGGAGACUUUCAAAGACUAGGAGCUGCAGAAGGUUGGACAUCAAAAGGAAAACCUAGCAAUCAAGUUACCAUAAGCCCCAAGCAUGAGGCGUUUAUGCUUGGAACUUCAAAGACUACACAGGAUAGUGAAGGAUUUGAGCUUUUCAUUACAACUGCACCAAUUCUGGACUUAAAUGAUAAACUUCUUGUAUUUGGACGGGUGAUCAAAGGGGAGGAUGUUGUUCAGGAAAUUGAAGAGGUGGAUACAGAUGAACACUACCGACCUAAAUCCCCGAUAGGGAUCAUUAAUGUUACUUUGAAGCAUAAGAUUUAAGUCUUUGCCAUGUAUAGAAUGUUUUCUGCAUCAUCGUGGUGCCUGCCUGAGGAAUCUUUUUCGACCAAGCUUUUCAUGGUGCCUAUUUUUUCACUCUCCUGUUGGGGAUAACGGCGGAAGGUUUUAAUAGAAGGGCUGUUUUGG